AUGGAGUCCAAAGCCACCUUUGAGCAGCUCUUAUUAGAAAUUGAAAAACAAGAAGAAACAAUAAAUGGCUAUUUACAAGAAGCCGAGGAGCAAGGCAGCAUUGACCCAAGUUUCGAGGAAUAUCUCAGCCAAGCCAAGCUUGAGCUGCAAAAAAAACGCGAAGAACUACUUAAGCAACAAGAACUUGCCAAAAGUAUCCGCUCAUCACAAGAACUUAUCUCUUCACUAGAAAUCCAAGAUAUGGAAGAAAAAACGCCAAUAAUAAAGAGAAACAAUACUAAUGGUUUCAAAGAAAGUUCUGUCCCAACAGAGAAAUAUCCAUUCUAUUCUGUACAAAAAAUUGAACCUCAAAAGCCAAAACAGAGAUCAUCUUCUCUCCUUAUAGGAAAUCAGCCAAAAAUCGAGCCAGAACAGAUUUUUAAAAAAAAAAUCAACACAAAAAGCAACAGCUUAAGCCCUUCAGCUCGAAGAUAUGAGAAAAGUCCCCAAAAGCCAGAAUUAAGUGAAAAUGUCAUUGACAAUGUUUAUACGCCAGCUAUAAAAAAGAAAAAAAUUCCCAUCAUAAAGGUUGAUGAAACUAAAGAAAUAGAGUGCGAAGACAUUAGCCCAGAAAAAAUGCAUAAAAGUGCUAUUAGUGAUUUUUCGAAUAUUUCGAGCAUUCUAAAUGAUAAGGAUUUGGAAAGCAAAAUGGAGACUCUUCAGUGGUACAGAGAAUUAAGGAAUUCUGCACAUGAAAAAAUGCUGGAGUUGAAGGAACAAAUUUUAUUGGAAAAAGAAAAGAAACUACAAAGCUUGGUGAAUUCUUUGACAGACUCAGCUAAAAGUGGUGAUUAUUUGAGAGCUAAUAAUAUGAAUAGGACAAAUCCUAAUCUGCCUCCGCUAUCUCCAAAGAGAAAUAAGGAAAUUCUUUUAAAGGCAACAAAUACUCCAAAAUCUAUGAGAAAUUCAUCAAAUUUUCAAGACUAUGCGUAUUUUGCUGGGAAAAGUAGAUCAGCUGAAAGCUCUCCUAGUGGAAUUGAGAGGAAAAACUCUGCAAACACAAAUAUCCCUCCCACUGAUAAUUCUAAUUUUAAUCAAAAAAGCAGAAUAGCUGCAAUUAAGAAAAAUUUUAAAGAACCGAUGCCAAGCAUAAAACCAGAUUGGCUACCAAAGAAAGAAAAAAUUGUAAGAUUCAUAUAGAGCGAGCUUGUAAAAGCGUUGCCAGGGAUUCCAUCAGAAAUUGUGCCAAAGCUAGUGCAAAAUAUAAAUAAAACUCAAGCUUAG